UGAUGGGCCGAAGUCUAUACGGCAAAUCAUGAACUUGAACCUCUGAAAAUGCAGGUUGGUAGUCUCUUUUGGUGCCUUGCUGUUUCGAGAUACUAGGCAAGCGCGAGUUGUGUUUUUGUGUAGUUGUAUUGGCAUAGAAGAAUAGUUACUUUUACACCAGCAUGUUUUUUUGUAGAUCGACAUCGAAGUGAACAAAAAAUCGCAGCGAGGAGCACAAUUAAUUUGCAAGCAUGGAGGUACAACAACAUCACCUGGAUCUGUGACGGCCACGGGUGCGCCGUUCGUUGAACGUCUGACACAUCGAGGAGUUCUGAUUUACUUUUUCCGGCCGAAGCUGGAGGAAGCAGAACGAGGAAGCCAAAUAUGACGGGCAAGAGCGCCAGUAGUUCCUCGGGGAACCGGAGAUUCGUGGAGAGGCGAGACCCCACUUUGAGUCGGUCUUCCAGUUUCUCCAUGGGAGGAAGAUACCCUAACGAAGUUGACAAGUUGGCCAGCAACAAUCCGUUUUUCCCUGGGGGGACGCAUCGUGCCGAGUACGGAGAGGAUCUACUCACCCCGGGACGCUGCUUCGAUCGUAAAAGGCAAGACCAGCUGCGCGCGCAAGGAAGACAGUGGAAAGCGACUCCGGGACCAGGAGCGUACUAAUUCGAUAGGCUGCUGUAUUUUUAGAUGAUCUCAACUCCAAGAUGUGAGCAUGUUGCUAGUACCAAAAAAAGAAUUACUUCUAAUACAUUCAUUUUGUCCCCGCAUCUUCAUGUAUUGGCGUGAGUCAACAGUUCCAGUUCCAAGUGCAGUUCUUUGGUUAGAGGUAGCUGCGAUAUCAGGUACAAAACGCAGCGAGUAAUCGGCGAGACGCAGCUGGGCGACAAUGCCAGCAUUACGGCAACGCGUAUAUACAAAGAGCCUUCCUGGAGGUUUGGUAGCGGGGGAAUGUGCACCUACAUGCGCGAUCAGGCGGGCAGCGCCUGGUUCUCUCCAGGCCCGGGAACGUAUUCAAGCUUUAUUUUUGUGAUCUAUCUAUAAGAACGUACAACAAACUGGACGAGUUGCAUAUCUGGUUCAUCGUGCACUCUGCCAUAUCUGGUUUUUCUGCCAACCUAGGGAAAGGUCCUCUCCUGGACUUCAUUGUAAUAUGUUUAUCAUCAACAUCAACCUACAGGUAUCGCACGUGGUCACACUUUACCCCUGAGGGGACACAGCUACCGCGGUAUACCGGCCCGUCUGUUUCUGCUGACGAGAUGUGCUCGCCGAAUCUCGCAAGAAGCAUGUCCGUGACGAUACCAAUAAAGUACUGCUUUUGAUGGUUGCUCCCGUGCGUUUUUUUUCUUUCAGGUUGCUCCUUUGUGUGUUAUUCUUUGAGGGUGCUCCUCUAAGUACUUGUUAUCUUUCAACUUCUUGGACGGUGCCACUCAUUCCUGUGCAGAGAGAGCUAUGCUCCAACAAAAGAUGCCUAUGCUUUAGACUGUCGAAGAUUUUUGAUUUUGCUAUUCCACUGUAUAUCUUUCAAUCUUUCUCAGGACCGUCAAUGACACCGACCGGCUGGCGUCCUGUAAUCCGUUCUUUCAGGACGGUACGCACAGGGCAAAUUACGGAGAAACCUUCCUGAAAAACGGUCGAAUCCGCGAUGAUAAGGCGAUUGCUCGCUUGACUGAGCAAGGGCGCCACUGGAAGCAAACUCCAGGUGCGAUUUUACAUCUUGUACUUCGAUUCGAUGCCAGGGAUAGAAAGAAUAUUUUGCAUCGCAUUAUUUUUCUGAAGCCAGGGAUGAUUGAUGAGGGUUUCGGCCCGCUUUCCCUCUGGCAACUCCCCGGGUCUGUUGGUUCACCACUAAAACGGGCGGCGUUUCUUCAGAUCUCGGUGGCGACCGGUUGAGACACUGGCCACCAGCCACUUUUUACAAGCAGGAACAUAGAUAGUACGUUAAGCAGUUACUCGCUCGCCUGAAGAAGCGAGCACACAAUUGAUUUGCUCUUCGUGCGCAUGUCGAACGAAAUGGCGUCGAGUCCUCAAUUAUAUAUAAUCCAGGUGCGGGCACUUACAAAACGCCAGUUGCGUUGGCGCCAACUGGCGAUAGCAUUGCUGGGGAAGCAAAGCUGGACCGAAACCGAAUCACGCACGAGCCCGCCUGGGUGUUCGGAACUGGUGCGCAGAUUGCCUUUGACACCAUGCCUGGCGUCGUUGUGGAUUCGCCGGGUCCCUGUGCGUAUGACAAGUUCGUCGACAUUAUGUAGGGGGUUCGUUCACGCAGCGGACUUCGUCGCGGGGAAUACAAGUAAAACGAAAUAGUACUGAAUGCCUCAAGUCUGUUGUAAGAUUGUUAGUUUCAAGGAGUCGUCGUCGUAUGUUAAAUAGGAACAGUCAACACCAUCUCUUCUCGGGAGACCACUAAAAGUAAACAUCGAACAAAUUCGCAAGUGUAAAAUCUUCAGCAGCAAGACGUGCUUGCCCGCCUUUAGAUUUUGGAGGCAUUGUACACAUUCAAAAGCAUUACUACCACGGUUUGUACACUUCAUCUUGACAGCGUCCCGCUUGUAACCAAUCGACCAACAGAACUUGUACGAAAAAAAUCUUGG